AUGACUGCUCAGCUUCGAAAAAGAACUCUGACAGCUCCUACACCAUUAGAUAAAGAUGAAGUCCAUAAACUUGGGAAUGACGAGUCAUUUGACAAAGAAGUGGACGUAGAGUGGAGAAUUCGAAAGAAAACUGGUGAUUCGGCAGCCGUUGCCGACGGUCCAUCUUGGCUACCUGCUGAGAUUUUGCAAACUACGAAUGCUGUUCUGAGUUAA